AUGUCUGACUUUGAAGCGCAGAUCCGCGAAGCCGCGUCACGCAACACACAACUGCUUAGAGUCCUCCAGGAAACGGACCACGCCAAACCCAGCCUCCAGGAGCAGAUUCGCUACGUCCAGGACCUCGAGAAGGAUGUCGCCAACAUUGACAAGAAGCUCAAACAGCUCGAGCAGAAGCGUGCCAAGGAGCUCAAAGACCACGAAAAGUACCGCGACAGCAACAUCCGCCGCUUCGUCUACAAGGCUACGGGUAAGAAGGACAAGUUCGAAGCAGCAGCGGAGAAGGAGGAGCGCGAGUACUUUGAGGUCUUGCAAGAAGAGCACCAGGCCAACCAGCUGAAGGCAAACUUGGCCGAGCAGCUCGAUGCAGCAAAUAAGGUGAAGCGUGAGCUCGAGGCGGUAGCAAGGCGACAUGACGCCGCGCAGCUAGAGCUCGACCGACUGUACCACGCCAUCUUCAGCGGGCCGACACCCCAGUUCCCCGAGGAGGAUGUGAAGGAGAGGCAGAGCGACCAGAAGCUGCAGGCGUAUCACGAGGCGCGGACCAAGUUCGAGGCCGAGACGCAUGUCGUGCGCCUUCUCAACGAGGCGGUGCCGUUGAUCAUGGGCGCGCUCAGGCACAUAGAGAUGGCGCUGCAGCAUUCCCGGGUGGACAUGUUUGGCGGCGGGGCGAUGCACGACAUGAUGGAGCGGCACCAGCUCGCGCAGGCGGAGGGUAUGAUCCAGCGCGCGCGGAUGCAGAUCCAGCAUGCGCGUCAGGCGUCGCCCCUAGUUGGGCCCAUGCCGCCUAUCAACAUCAACCAUGGAAGCAUUAUGACGGAUGUAUUCUUUGACAACAUCUUCACCGAUAUGGCCUUUCACGACGAGAUCAAGCGCGGACGGUCCGAGGUGCAGCGGUUCGCGGUGGCGCUGCAGGAACAGCUACAGGCGGCGGAGGGCAGGCGGAGAGGCAUCGAGGAACAGUUGAAGAGCAGAGAGAUGGAGCUAGAACAGGCGAGAAAAGAACUGCAGGAGGAGAGGGGGAGGGCGUUUGAAAGAUACGCCGGCGAGCAAGGGGCUAACACCCAUGGGGGGGAUCUGCCGCCGGCGUACGAUGAGGUUUCAUCAUCUGUAGGACCACCGCCAGGGCCGCCACCAGCGCAGACGGGGACAGAUGGGAAGCCGUCAACGAAUCCUUUCACGCGAGAGGGUUGA